UUCUAAUCCCAAUUUGCUCUAGUUUCCCUCAUGUGUGUUUUUCUUCUCCUCUCUUUGUAUUAUAUUUUAUUGCGUGUGAGAUUGUUUUGCUGUUGAUACAACAGAGUCCAAAUGCAAACCGCAGUCAUGAAAAACAAAGACUGAAGGGCCGAGGCCAAUGACCUUACGUAGAAGGUAAGCGUGUUGGCCCUUGGUGUCUGAAAAAGAACUGCAUCUGUCACGCGUUACACCACUGUCGUAAAACGUAUCUGGCUGCUGUUGCAAUGGCGUUUGCUGCGACAGCACUUUCCGGCAGCAGGGAAAUCGAGGAGAAAGCAGCGACAAACGUCGCCAGCGGAUACGUUACCCCCUCAGAUACCCUUGGAUUUAUGCGACAUUCGGUGAACCGAGGUGUAUAUUGAUUGUAAACACAUUCGCCCCGCGAAUGAGCUUGUGUUCGACGUUUUUCCAACCGCGAAUCUCCACCUUAAUGCGGUGGGAUGGCCACAGUGCCGCCUGGGCCUAGUAGCGCACUGCCUUCGUCCCCGGCUGAAAUUCCGGCUUUCCCCCGGGUCGGGAGCGCGGAGCCGGCCGGAAGAGACGCAGAGCCGGCGUGCCACCGGGAGGACUGCGUGCCCGCCGGCACGGGGAAGACGUCGGAGUCGGUAAGCGAAGUGAACAGGUCGCUUAAUAAGAAGCAGAAAAACAUGCUAGCCAGAGCUAGCCCGGCGGCGCUGCACCUCAAAGUGCGAGCCCGAGAGCAGCAGCAGUUAAACGGCUCGGCCAGCCCUCCGUCGGAGGAGGAGGAGGACGACGACGACGACGGCCACCAGCGCACGGGAACCCGGCCUGACAACCCGAGACCGUCCGCGGACUACCGUGACAGCGGCAGCGAGGAGGCUCCGGCCGCCAGAAACCACAGUGAGCAUUGCCAACACGAAGGCCACGGCCCCUUCUCUAAAAACGGCCGUCACUCUCCCUUGGGUAACAAUAGCAUGAACGGCAUGCCGGGUUUCACGAGAACUGACCCGGGGGACAAAGGGGACAGUGAGUUUGACCCCGAGGAGCCGCCGGAUGCCGGGCCCGGCGGAGAGAGAGGCCCCGCCGGCCCGCAGGAGCCGCCGGCCGCGGAGCUCGCCCGGCUCGACCUCAGCGGGUCCCCGGGCGGAGCGGAGGAGGACAGCCACGGCAUCCGCUAUGUCCGCUACGAGUCCGAGCUCCAGAUGCCGUGGAUCAUGAGACUGAUCACCAAGGACUUGUCUGAGCCUUAUUCAAUUUACACCUACAGGUACUUCAUCCACAACUGGCCGCAGCUCUGCUUCCUGGCCAUGGUGGAGCAGGAGUGUGUCGGAGCCAUCGUUUGUAAGCUUGACAUGCACAAGAAGAUGUUCCGCCGUGGCUACAUCGCCAUGCUGGCCGUGGACUCGAAACACAGAAGGAAAAGCAUCGGUACUAAUCUGGUGAAGAAGGCCAUCUAUGCCAUGGUGGAGGGAGACUGUGACGAGGUCGUACUGGAGACCGAGAUCACCAACAAAUCGGCCCUGAAGCUGUACGAGAACUUGGGUUUUGUCAGAGACAAGCGGCUGUUCAGAUACUACCUGAACGGAGUGGACGCGCUGCGGCUCAAACUGUGGCUCCGCUAGAGGACGGGCCGGGACAGCGGGUGCUCACCGACAGCCUCAGCUCGGUCCUGGUCAUUUCCCCUCAUGCGCACCCCCCUCACACACACACACACACACACACACACGCAUACGUCACACACACAUAAGAAAGCAAGCCCUCUUUUUGACCCCUGACCUCUGAACUGCUGUUUAGGCAGAAACGGACUGACGCCCCCCACCCAGUCUUCUCAUGUCACUGUCUUGUGACCAGGAGGGAGGGGUGGGGGAUGGUCUCUGGGAUGACCUUGACUGGGGACUAGAUGACCUCUUGAACUUCAAGCCUGGAUGUCGCGUUUCGACCCCCUUCAACGGAUCCUCCUGCAGACCACUGGUCAGAAAGCAACUAAAGUAAAGCAGCAGAAUAUGAAGCCAAGAAGCGGCGCGACAACAAAAAAGCUACUGGGAAGAAAACAUCUGCAGUUUUUCUUUUGAUCCUGUGAGUCUGACGGGGGUGAAAGGAGAUCUAGAAUGACUGUGGUCCACCUCAUGUUUUAGUUGCUUUGGUGUGGGGGGGGGGGGGGGGGGGUGUUGAGCUUGUUUCUGUGCGUCUGCGGCGCGGUCGCCGCGAUGUCGUGUUGUCUUUGUCUCCCCAUCCUGGCCCCCGUCACCUGCCUCGGCCUCCAGUCUGACUGAAGCCUGUAAAGGUGUGUGUGUGUGUGUGUGUGUGUUAGUGCACAAGGGUUCAGAUGACCUACUAUUCACUAUUCUUUUCUUUUGGGUUUGUAUAAGAGUGUUGAUGUAUUCCCUGGAUAUAACGAGAGCAUGUUUUUCAGUUGAAUCAUCUUUGGGUCUGUUUGGGUUGUUCUGUCAGAUUUUAUUUUUAUUUUUAAUUUCUGUUCUACUUCUGCCCAUCCAGGCAAUUUUGAGCGUUUCGCAACAGACAAGCGAGGGGGGAAAAAAAAACGCUCUCCACCAGCGACUAUUUUCCUUUACUGCUCUUCUGACGCUGAAUUGAAAUAUCAUAUAUCACCUGUGUUUAAAUCCUCUGUCCCCGUGUUGGGACACCCCCCCCCCCUCACACCUCUGACUACCAAUGUGUGAAAGGACACGUGACACCAAGCCGCCCCGCUCCAUCCGGCGGUCAGUAUGUCUGAAGAGGCGUUUUAGAGCUUCUUUCUUGGGCUGAACCCCUGUGAGGUUCUGACAGUUCCCUGGUGGGCCUUUACAGCUCCCCACGGAGCGCCGCGCUUAGCUUCUGAUCUCAGGCUGAAGGGCUUUGUCACCCAUCGGAUGGUAGCCGUGGUCUCUCGCUCUCUCUCUCUCCCUCUCUCUCUCUCCCUCGUUCUGACAAAGCAUUCGGGAGAAGUUUUGAAUUUACCAUAUGCCAGUUCAGUGUUCGCAGGUUCUCUCCUCCUCCUGGACGUCCUCUCUGGUGUCCAGGCGGUAAAUUGUAACAAUCAGAUCAUAUCAG